AACCAUACUGUCUGUAUAAAUCCAACAAAAGGAACUUUAAACGAGAAACCUAUAAAUGAACUUCUUUUGAAAGCAGAUGUUGACAACAAAGCUGACAAAGAAUAUGUAGACGAUGCAAUAGCAAAAGAAGAAGAAAGAGCUAACAAUGCUUAUGCAACAAAAGAACAUACUCAACCUGAACUAGCAGACAAAACAUAUGUUGACAAUAAAAUGUCAAGUGAAGUGACAAGAGCUGAAAACGAAUAUUCUAAAAAGACUCAUACACAUUCUAUAUCUGAAAUAACAGACUUACAAGAAACCUUAAACAGGAAAAGUGCCGUUGGACAUAGACAUUCUAUAUCUGAAAUAACAGACUUACAAGAAACCUUAAACAGUAAAAGUGCCGUUGGACAUACACAUACCAUUGCAAAUAUUACAAACUUACAAGAAACCUUAAACAGGAAAAGUGCCGUUGGACAUAGACAUUCUAUAUCUGAAAUAACAGACUUAAACGUUAGCCUUGAAAAGAAAGCGGAUAAGGAUUGUGUGGCGAGUAGGUUAGAGAAGAAAGCAGAUAAGGAAUAUGUGGAUGAAAAAGAUAAUGAAAUUAUAGAAAGGGUUGAAUGGUAUCAUGGAUGGACAUCGAAGAUUUUAAAAACUAAAGCCGAUACAGGAUGGGUUUCAGGAUGUUUAGACCUUAAAGCAGAUAAAACUUAUGUUAACGAUGAGUUAGAGAAGAAAGCAAAUAAGACUCAUACACAUGAUUUCUUCACAACUGUUGCUAUAGAAAGUAUUGAAGGAACGGUUGAAGAAACUGGUGGGGAUGCAUUAUAUUGUAAACCUCCUAACUUUCCACAAGGUUUAACAUCGGAUGACGACAUAACGACGAUGAGAAACAUUAGAUGUAAAGAUGUUUAUGUCAUGAAGGAUGAAUAUAAUAUUAAAUUCACUGCUCAAGAUUUAUAUGACAAGAAAGCAGACAAAAAAGAGCUUCAAACAUUAAAGACAGAAAUACUUCAAACAUUAUAUCCUAUAGGCUCUAUUUAUACGUCAAUGAACUCUACCAGACCAGAAGUAGUACUUGGUUUUGGAACUUGGACUCAAAUAGUCGACAGGUUUUUGUAUUGUGCAAACUCUUCAAAGGAAACAGGUGGAAGUAAAACGAUUUCAGGUGAAAAUUUACCUGCACACAGUCACUACAUAGAUUUAAGUACAUCUCAAGCAGGUUUGCAUAGUCAUAGAUUUUGGGAUUGGUCAGGAAUGACAAAAGGUAAAGGAUAUGAUGUUAAAGAGGACGUUAAGUUUGCUAUAAAUUGUUACUGGAAUAACACUGAGGGAGGAGGAAUCCAUACACAUCGCGUUUCAGGAUAUACGCAAACAACGGGACAAAGUAAAGACUACAUGCCACCUUACAUGACAGUUUACGCAUGGUAUAGAAUUGCUUAG